AAUUUCGAUUAAUUAAUUAAAUGAAAAAAAAAUAAAUUGACAUGUGUUUUUAUAAAUAAUACAAACAAAUAAAAUAAAAUAUAAAUAAUUGGUAUUAUAAAAAUUAAACAUAAAUAAUGAGAGGUCAUUUUUAAAAAGUGGGGGUUUUUUUUUCUCUCUCGAGGACGCCAUGUUAUAUUUUUUCUCUGUUUAUCCUUUUUUUUAAUGUCAAUAUGAUCUGACUCUGUUGUCUGGCACUUGAGAUAUACCGGGUGUUUAUCAUCAUCAUUUUUUUUUAAUAGUUUGUCUGAAUGUGUCUGACAUCCUCGAGCAUCCUUGUGCCUACAAAAUAAUAAUAAAACAUCAUCCUCGAGAGUAUUGUGUGAUAACGACAGCUAUUUUUAAUAAAUAUAAAUUUUUCAUACUAAAAUUGUGUUAACAAAAACAACAAUAAAAAUUUAACAAUUAAUAAUAAUUUAUAAAUUAAAAAAUAAAGAAAAUAAUUUAUUAUAUAUUUUUUUAAUAGUUGACAAGUGAAAAAGUGAUAAUAUAUUUAAUAACAAUUUUAAAAAAGUGUCAAAAUAAUACAACAAUUCUAACCUCAAAUUUACAUAGCUAAUUAUAAUAAUAUUUUUAAUAAUAAAAUAAACAUGGCAAAUUUAAGACAAACACCAUUGACAUGUAGUGGACAUACAAGACCAGUUGUACAUCUUGAUUUUUCUGAUGUUACUGAUUCUGGAUACUACCUCAUUUCAGCAUGUAAAGAUGGUAAACCAAUGUUACGUCAAGGUGAUACUGGUGAUUGGAUUGGUACAUUUGAAGGACACAAGGGUGCUGUUUGGGGUGUUGCACUAAAUCCAGAUGCAACCAAGGCUGCAUCAGGAGCUGCUGAUUUCAAUGCUAAGGUCUGGGAUGCAAUCAAGGGCGAGGAAAUAUUAUCAUUUCAACAUAAUCAUAUUGUUAAAUCUGUUGGAUUUAGUACUGACUCAAAUCAAUUGUGUACAGCUUCUAAUGAAAAAGUACUUCGUAUUUAUGAUCUUAAUCAACCAGAAGCUGAACCUCAGGUAUUUACUGGUCAUACGAGUUUUAUAAAACAAGUAACAUUUUUUGAUGAUAAUAAAUCACUUGUUAGUUGUGCUGAUGACAAAACAAUACGUGUUUGGGAUUGUAAAAGUGGUGAAGAAAUUAGAAAAUUAACAUUUCCAGCAAUUCCAAGUUCAAUGGAAAUUUCAAAAGAUGGAAAUACUAUUGCUACGACUCAUGGAAAUAUUGUUACAUUUUGGAAUAGUAAAGAUUUGACGAAAAUUAGAGAAUUUGUUAUUCCAUGCCAAGUUAAUAGUGUCAGUCUUCAUCCAGAUCGUACAAUUUUUGUAUGUGGUGGUGAAGAUCUUAAAGUUUAUAAAUUUGAUUAUACAACUGGUGCAGAAAUUGAAUCAUUCAAGGGUCAUUUUGGACCAAUUCAUUGUGUCAGAUUUUCACCAGAUGGUGAGCUAUAUGCUAGUGGAUCUGAGGAUGGAACUUUGAGACUUUGGCAAACAACUGUUGGUAAAAAUUAUGGUCUUUGGCGUUGCACUGAACAACCAACAAUCAUCCAAGAAAAUUCUACAACCAUUAAUAAUAAACAAGAAAUUUCUGCAAGUUAAAUUUAAAUCAUUCAUUAUAAAUCAUUCAUUUACUUCAUAAUUUUUACAACUCUUUUUCAUAUUUUUUUAAAAAUUAAAUACAGAAAAAUAAAUAAACAAUUUUAAUAAAAAAAAAAAAAAUAUUUCUGUAAAUAUUUAUAAACUUAAAGUUUAUAAAAAAAAAAAAAAAAAAGAUUAUGUAUUUAUUUACAAAUUAAAAUAUAAAAUAUUUAAAUUAAAGUAUUGUUAAUUAUUGAAAAUAAAAAAUCAUAAUUAGCUGAAGGAAAAUAAAGAUGAAAUAAAUUCUUUAAAAAUUUUUUUUUUUAAUUAAUAAUUAUUACGUUUAACAAGUGCAUGAUAAAGACAAAAAAAAAAUAAAUGAUUAAUAAUAAUAUAUUAUUUACAAAAAUAAAAAAUAAUAAUAUUUAUAUUUAUUUAUUUUUUCAGUUUAAAAAAAAAAAAAUUCUCAUGAUAGAAAAAUAAAGUUUAAAAAAUUAUUUUUCAUUCAAAAUACA